CAGUGGCGGAAGUGGCGCCGCCGGGAGAUCCCCUUCCUCUCAGAGGCGCUCCUGGGGCCGCGGAGCCCGGCUGCGGCUGGGGCUAAGACGAACUGGGGCUGUGGCUGACAUGCAGCAGCCGUGCCGCUGAGGCCCGGCCCUCUCUGCCUGGAGGUGGGGGCCGCCAGGAUGAGCAAGCUGUCCGGGGAGCCGGCCCGCGACCUGGAGCGCAGCCUGCCAGCCGUGGCCUCCCUCGGCUCGUCGCUGUCCCACAGCCAGAGCCUCCCCUCGCAUUUCCUCCCGCCGCCUCGCGAGAAGCGCCGGGCCAUCUCCGACGUCCGCCGCACCUUCUGCCUCUUUGUCACCUUCGACCUGCUUUUCAUCUCCCUGCUCUGGAUCAUUGAGCUGAAUACCAACACGGGCAUCCAGAAGAACCUGGAGCAGGAGAUCAUCCACUACAGCUUUAAAACUUCCUUCUUUGACAUCUUUGUCCUGGCCUUCUUCCGCUUCUCCGGACUGCUCCUGGGCUAUGCUGUGCUGCGGCUCCGGCACUGGUCACCACGCUGGUGUCCAGUGCAUUCCUCAUUGUCAAGGUCAUCCUCUCUGAGCUGCUCAGCAAAGGGGCCUUCGGCUACUUGCUCCCUAUCGUCUCCUUCGUCCUCGCCUGGUUGGAGACCUGGUUCCUUGACUUCAAAGUCCUACCCCAGGAGGCUGAGGAGGAGCGAUGGUAUCUUGCUGCCCAGGCUGCUGUCGCCCGAGGACCCUUGCUCUUCUCCGGCACCCUGUCCGAGGGCCAGUUCUAUUCACCCCCAGAAUCCUUUGCAGGGUCUGACAAUGAAUCAGAUGAAGAAGUUGUUGGGAAGAAAGGCUUCUCUGCCCAGGAACGGGAGUACAUCCUCCAGGGGAAGGAGGCUGUGGCGGUGGUGGACCAGAUCUUGGCCCAGGAGGAGAACUGGAAGUUUGAGAAGAAUAAUGCUCCCCUCUGCCCACCUCCCUGCCACCCUUCUGUCCCUGCCACAGGAAUAUGGGGACACUGUGUACACCAUCGAGGUUCCCUUUCAUGGCAAGACCUUCAUCCUGAAGACCUUCCUGCCCUGCCCCGCGGAGCUGGUGUACCAGGAGGUGAUCCUGCAGCCCGAGAGGAUGGUGCUGUGGAACAAGACGGUGACAGCCUGCCAGAUCCUACAGCGAGUAGAAGACAACACCCUCAUCUCCUACGAUGUGUCUUCGGGGGCCGCGGGCGGUGUGGUCUCCCCCAGGGACUUCGUGAACGUCCGACGCAUCGAGCGGCGCAGAGACCGAUACCUGUCAUCGGGCAUCGCCACCACCCACUGCGCCAAGCCCCCGACACACAAAUAUGUCAGGGGAGAGAAUGGUCCUGGGGGCUUCAUCGUGCUCAAGUCAGCCAGUAACCCUGGAGUCUGCACCUUCAUCUGGAUCCUUAAUGCAGAUCUCAAGGGCCGCCUGCCCCGGUACCUCAUCCACCAGAGCCUCGCAGCCACCAUGUUUGAAUUUGCCUUUCAUCUGCGGCAGCGCAUCGGGGAGCUGGGUGCACGGGCAUGAGCAUGCCCCCUCACCACCCUGCGGGCCAGGGUCCUGUCGCCAUGGCCUCCAGAGCCAGAGGACGGGCCGGUUGGGCCUCCCGCUGCCCACAGAGGACCUAGCCUCAAACAGUGGGGAGGAGGGAGCUUCCUCCCACAGCAGCCCCUCGGCCCCACGCUGCCACCCUCCACGCGCGUCGCUGUGCCUGGGAGCCCUGGCCGCGGGCAGGUCGAGAGCUCAAGCAUCUGACUCUGCCGCUGAGGCCAGUGGGGUCCGUCCUGCCGACGUUUACAUGGCGUCCCUGCCUCCUGGAAGAGAAGAUCCGCUGUCCCCACCUGGCCAGGCCGGGGUCUGGAAUGGGAACCUCGGACUUGGUGGGGGAGGACCCUGGGCAGGACAGAAGUCAGGGCAGCCUUGUCACCAGUGUGAAGGCGCAGGAGCCCCUUCAUCCACCUGCUCUCUCAUCAUGGUGUUUUAGGAUUAUUUAAAGGGUCUGGGACCUUUUUCCACUUGCACUUGGGGUGUAGGUGGCAGGUGGGAGUGGUGGGUGCUGGCAGGGAGCCUGCCUCUCCCAGGUUCUCUCCAGGUUGCCUCCCCCCCCGCCCAGGGCCUCCUUGGGGACCUUUGUAAUUUGAGCCAAUUAAAAACAUGAACU